UUCGAUUAACUCCUUACCAUAAAAUCAAAGUAACAAUCAUAUAAAAUUAUUAGUGCGCGAUUUUUUUUUCAUCGAGUGACAUGAAAAUUUGUUUGAAACAAUUUAUCGUCAUGUAUUUAUUAUGUAUUUCGUUUGUGUUGUGUUCUAUUUCUUGUGAUGGGCGAUCUGUUCUUCCAUCUCGAUCCAAACCAGGAAGUAUGUUGUUUCUAGGAGAUCCAACAUCAAAGAUGGGUGUUGAUAUGCAUUCGAAUUGGAUGUACCCGAAAGAAGAUUCAACACCAAGCUGGUUGUUGCCGAAAGUCAAUCAAGAUUCCUCAUCAAUUUUUCCAAGUUUGUUUUCUUCAGAAUCUUCACAAGUGCCUUCAUACCAGUAUCCAAUACCUACAGUACAACCAAACUAUUACCAAAUACCAAACGCACCCUCUUAUCCUACAUCCUUUGAAUAUCAAACACCACAAUUCCCAGAUAGAUUACAAGAAAAUUUGAAUUCAUGGAAUCAAUAUCAAUCACCACUCACCACCGGUGGUGUAAGUGGUUUAUCAAUAAGCGACUUAUUGAGCGGAAGCGGUAGUUUUGGUGGAGGUAGCAGUUACGGUAGUGGUAGUAGUUAUGGUGGAAAUAGUGGCUUACGUUUACCAUCAUCAUUUAAUCGUCAACCAGAAAUCGUAAUAACUGAAUUUCCAUCAAGAUAUGAUAAAUUCGAACCAUUUUAUCCAUCAAUGAAUUCGAAUAUGGGUAAAUAUAUUUCUCCAAUGUAUAAUUCAGCAUAUGGUAAAGCUUCGUCUUCGGCUCAAGCAUCAUCGAUGCCCAAUAUUCCCAGCAGUGGUGGUUGGCCUGUUUAUGGCAGUUUAGAUGGCUUCGAUAGAUCAUCACUAUCUGCCAAUUCUGGUUUACGUCGUAAUUUCGGUAACGAUGAUAGUGUUAAUGGUGGUUCAAAAGCUACAGAAGCCGCCGCACCCAAAGGUGUAGCAAAUGAGCCUAAAGGUGUUGAAAGUGAUUCACGGCGCUUUUUAAGUAGUACCGUUGAGUCGAAAAGAGAACAAGAAACAAAAUCUGUCGCUCCCAGAGAAGACACUAAAUCAGCUACUAAUAAUAAUUCUAACCCCCCGAGUGCACGUCGAAGUAAUACACAAAUUGGAAAAGCCGCUGAAUCAAAAAAUGUAGCAACAGCUCAACAACAAAGUGAUGAAAUGCCUCAAAAUGACAAUUUAGAAAUCGAUACUCGAUUGGAUUUAUCAUCGUUGGAUAAAGAUACAACGCAAAAUGAAUAAGCCCAUAAUAAAUCACAAUAAACCACAUUAACAUUCGCAAGGACAUAUUCGUGAUUAUAGAACCAAAGUAUUUGUUUCGAAAUUUUACACAAUAAAAGUACGUAUUUUAUAUAAAAAAAAAGAUCACGUUGCCAAUA